CUUAUAAAAACUGUGAUACUAUCUUCUUUGAGUCCUAAGAAACAAAUAAGAACUUAAAUUUAUCUACUCCACCUUUUAAGAAAAUAUUCUAGAGUAAUGAGAUAACAUUUCCAUAAACUCUAAACAAAAGCAACUUUUAAACUCCAUAAACAAAAAAUAUUUCCUUAUGUAAUUCAGAACAAAAAUCAUUUUUAAAGUUCUAAUCACAGAAUUCAAUCGGAAAUUUUAAUAACUUGGCUUAAAAUUUAUUUCAAACCAAUACUAACAAUUAAAAAUAAGAGUAAGUACCCUAUAUGUCUUAUAAUAACAAUACGAUAUAAAGAAUUAUAUUUUAAAUUCAAAUAUCAUAUUCAAAAUAUAAACUUAAUAAAAUUUAUUUUGUUAAUUAAAUUUUAUUAUAGGAUUGAAGAAGUUAAGCCCUGUAAUUGUAAGAAGAGCAAAUGCCUUAAAUUAUAUUGUGAUUGUUUUGCAGCUAAUAAAUUAUGUUCAUCUAAAUGUAAUUGUUGCGGAUGUUUUAAUAACAGUUCAAAUCUAAUAGAGAGAAAUCUAUAUAGGGAGAAGAUGGUGGAAAGGAAUCCAGAAGCAUUCAAUCAGAAAGUAAAGGAAGUUGAUUAGAAAAUGGCUCAUUCCAAAGGAUGUAAUUGCAGAAAAAGUGGUUGCAAAAAGAAAUAUUGUGAGUGCUAUUAAAUGGGCAUUGAAUGCUCUGAUAAUUGCAAAUGUGAUGGAUGCAAAAACUGUUCCUCCAAUAAAUUAGUGAAGAUCUUCACUUAAUAAGACAUUUCACAAUUUUCUAGAUAACUUAAAUAGUUAAGUCAACCAUUUUGA